AUGACACUUGGGCGGUUAGCGGGACCUUGCCCCUCCAAAAGCGCAAUGGAGACUGUCAUUGAGACCGGAGGCAAGAAGCUGGAGGAGCUCGGGAGGGAGGACCAGACUCUGCUGCUGUUUGCGCGAUUAAUGGAAGGAGGGCAAGAAGACGACGAAACAUGCAGCGAGCUGGACAAGCUGACGAAGCUUCUGAGUGAUGAUCUGGAUGCAACAAAAAAGGGCGAGGAGUCGAUAUGUAAAGUCAUCGACGGAGACUGUGUCGACACUUUCGUCUGCUACCUGGACAUGAGGCAGACUGAGGUCGUCCGGGGCCACGCCACGCUUUUGACAUCUGCAUACCUCAAGGCAGCAGGAGACGACGGAUCGAAGAAGCUUUCAGAGUUCUUCUAUGCCAGAGUGAAGAGGGGCACUUACGAUGACUACAUCGUCGCUUUUUGUGUGGCGGCCGCCAUAUUUCCAAUCGUCCCGGAUCUGACUUCCGAACUGUUCCUCAGCGAGGGAUUUCUCUCCAGCCUCGGGCCGCUUAUGAGGCGGAAGUGGAAGAGCAGGAAGGUCGAAACGGCAUGCCUUGAGAUGCUGAACGCCGCAUGCAUGAAUACGCCAUGCCGAGAAGCUGUACAGAAAUACUGUGCAGAGUGGUUAGAGGAGAUCGUCGACCAAGAUGUCAACGACGCAGUCAAGAUGUACACAUCCGAUCCGGAUGUUCAGAUCACAGAAGGCUCGAUAUCUAUGCGGAGGCAUUCGGAGCAGGUUCAACACCUGGCAGCAGUCAUCUUGACCAAGAUAAGGGCAGUACAAGCACCGCCUGCGCCCGGACAAACUGAAGGGCGGAUUCAGCAGGCCAGUACGAGCAUUGAAGAGCUGUCGAAAAUGUUCACAGAUAUGCUUUUGAAGGAUCCGGAGCAUACGCGAAAUAACUCCGUGGAGGGCUUGGCUUAUGCCACCCUACAACCAACAAUCAAAGAGGAAGUCGCCAAGAACAAAGAUUUGCUCAAGAGUCUUGUGCAGACUUUGAAGGACGCACCGCCAAAGUCACCGCUCACGUACGGAGCUCUCAGUAUAUUCGUCAACCUCACUCGCUAUCAGCCAACCCAGUCGGAGGAAGAGAAGAGAAUGAAUCAGCUCAAGGCAUAUGCAAAUGCUGCAGGGAAGAUAGCACACAACCCUCUAAACGACAACGACCAUGUCUCUGAACGAUGCAAGCGGGUUUAUGAAGCAGGCAUCACCCCAGUACUAGUAUCACACAGCAAGAACGGUUCAGUCGCCUCACUAUCACUUAUUAUAGCCGUUAUCUACUCCCUCUCCAUGACACCAAGUCUCCGUGGUCAAUUGGCUCAGCAAGGAGCUGUCCGCCUCCUGAUAGCGGCAUGGACCGCCCUGCCGGAAAGUGAGAAUCAGUCACGGCGGGUGGCCGCCCAGGCCCUGGCACGCAUUCUCAUAUCGACAAACCCGUCUCUUGUCUUUGGAGGGACUCGCCCCACUCCUCAAAGCGCAGCCAUUCGACCUCUCGUGUCCAUUAUCGCGCCAGAUCCGAACGCUGAAACACGCGAUCUUCUUCCAACAUUUGAGGCGCUCAUGGCCUUGACUAACCUUGCCUCUACCGAUGAUGAUACCCGGCGCAGCAUUGUCCGGACAGCGUGGGCCGACAUAGAAGAUCAGCUGCUCUCUUCAAACCAUCUUGUCACCAAGGCAGCGGUAGAGCUCGUGUGCAACUUGGUGCAAACCGUCGAUGCCAUGGCCUUGUACGCCGAUGGCAGCGUCAAGGCCCGCGACCGGCUACACAUCCUGGUUGCGCUGGCCGACGCCGAGGACGAAGGCACUCGGAGCGGUGCAGGAGGUGCACUUGCCACACUGACAGGCGUCGAAGAUGUCGUCAGGGCCAUCGUGGCCCGCGACAGGGGCGUGGAGAUUGUACUUGGCUUGUGUGCCGACGACAGCGAGGAUCUCAGACAUAGAGGAGUUUUCGUACUUUACAAUAUGGUGUCUGCGGAGGGCGAGGCGGGUAGAUUGGCCAGAGAGAAGAUCAAGGCUUCCAAUGGCAUUGAGAUAUUAACCGAGAGCGCGAAGAAGAGUAGACGGCCAGAGGUGUUGGAUGUGACUGUCCAAGCACUCAAGGCACUGAUUGAAGAAAAUUGA